CCGUCGGCCCCCACCCCUACUCCAGCUCAGCUGAUCGGCUGCUGCCGGACCCGGAGGUGUGAAUUAAACACUUCAGCAAUGGAGCUAGCUCACAGUCUGUUGCUAAAUGAAGAAGCUUUGGCGCAGAUCACCGAAGCAAAAAGACCAGUUUUUAUCUUCGAAUGGUUGCGAUUUCUUGAUAAAGUCUUAGUUGCUGCCAACAAGACUGAUGUAAAGGAAAAACAGAAAAAACUUGUUGAGCAAUUAACUGGACUAAUAAGUAGUUCACCUGGACCACCUACACGAAAAUUAUUAGCCAAAAAUCUUGCAGCCCUUUAUAGCAUUGGAGAUUCUUUUACAGUUUUUCAAACACUAGAUAAAUGUAAUGACAUUAUCAAAAAUAAAGAUGACACUGCAGCCUACUUACCAACAAAACUAGCUGCAGUGGCUUGUGUUGGAGCAUUUUAUGAAAAAAUGGGGAGAAUAUUAGGUAGUGCAUUUCCAGAAACAGUGAAUAAUCUUUUGAAAUCUCUGAAAAAUGCAGAGUCUCAAGGGCGAAGUGAAAUCUUAAUGAGUCUACAGAAAGUUCUAAAUGGAUUGGGUGGUGCAGCAGCUUCCUCUCAUCGUGAUAUUUACAAGAAUGCCCGGUCCCUCUUGACUGACAGAUCUAUGGCUGUACGGUGUGCAGUGGCCAAGUGCCUCCUGGAACUACAAAAUGAAGCUGUAUUUAUGUGGACUGCUGAACUGGAAAACAUAGCCACUCUCUGCUUUAAGGCUUUGGAAAACUCAAAUUAUGGGGUACGAGUGGCAGUAUCUAAACUGUUAGGAACAGUCAUGGCUACAGCCUUGAUGCCAAAACAGGCAACAGUAAUGCGUCAAAAUGUGAAACGAGCAACAUUUGAUGAAGUCUUAGAACUCAUGGCCACAGGAUUUCUUCGUGGAGGGUCUGGUUUCUUAAAAAGUGGUGGAGAAAUGUUAAAAGUUGGAGGGUCUGUUAAUCGUGAAGUAAGAGUGGGAGUCACACAGGCAUAUGUUGUUUUUGUAACAACACUGGGUGGUCAGUGGUUGGAGCGUAGCUUUGCUACGUUUUUGUCCCACGUACUUGAUCUGGUUUCCCAUCCUCGGGCAACACAAACACAUGUGGAGGCUGUAUACUCAAGACGAUGUGUGUCCUUCAUCUUGAGAGCCACUGUGGGCAGUUUGUUGGGCGAGAAAGCCCAGAUAGCAGCUGCUAAGGAGAUCUGCCAAGCUAUUGGAAAACAAAUGAAAGCAGUAGAAGCAGUAGUGAAUGAUACUAGUAGUGAAAACAAAUCUGGAGCAGCAGAUAUUGCAGCAAGCCAGCACGUGAUGGUCUGUGCUCUCCAGGAACUUGGAAGCCUGGUGCAGAGCCUGAAUGCUACAGCCUCUCCUCUUAUUCAGGAAGCAUCUAUAGGACUUCUGGAGAUCGUGACUUCAGUGCUUCUUCACCCCAGCAUGGCUGCGCGGCUUGCUGCUGCUUGGUGCUUGCGCUGUGUGGCUGUGGCACUACCUUUCCAGUUGACACCAUUUCUAGACAGGUGUGCAGAGCGGCUCAACAACUUGAAAACUUCACCUGAAGCUGUUAGUGGAUAUAGUUUUGCAAUGGCUGCUUUGUUAGGUGGAGUUCAUCAAUGUCCUUUGGGCAUUCCUCAUGCCAAAGGAAAGAUGGUAGUUAGUAUUGCUGAAGAUCUGUUACGAACUGCUGCCCAGAAUAGCAGAUUGUCCUUACAGCGCACCCAAGCCGGAUGGCUUUUACUUGGAGCACUCAUGACUCUAGGUACAAUUGCCAGCAUUCCAUCUGUAAUUAAAGCCCAUGGAGCACAUCUGAAAGCUAGUGCAGCAAUGGUCCGUUUAAGACUUUAUGAUAUCUUGGCUUUGUUACCUCCCAAAACUUACGAAGGAUCUUUCAAUGCACUUCUUAGGGAACUGGUGGCCGAAUUCACUUUGACUGACAACUCCGCCAACACAACUACCUCCCUCCUCCGAUCCCUCUGCCACUAUGAUGACAGUGUUCUUCUCGGUUCCUGGCUGCAAGAAACUGAUCAUAAAUCAAUUGAAGACCAGCUCCAGCCAAAUAGUGCAUCUGGAAGUGGGGCUCUGGAACAUGACCCUUCCUCUAUUUAUUUACGAAUACCUGCUGGAGAAGCUGUACCUGGUCCUCUCCCUCUUGGAGUCUCAGUCAUUGAUGCCUCUGUGGCUCUUUUUGGUGUUGUGUUUCCUCAUGUUUCUUACAAACACCGAUUGCAAAUGUUGGAUCACUUUGCUGAAUGUGUUAAACAAGCCAAGGGUGUUCGCCAGCAAGCUGUGCAGCUUAAUAUAUUCACUGCUGUUCUUAGUGCAUUAAAGGGCUUAGCUGAAAAUAAAAGUACUUUAGGACCCGAAGAGGUUCGAAAAUCUGCUCUUACACUGGUUAUGGGCGCUCUUGAUAAUCCCAACCCCAUCUUACGGUGUGCAGCAGGAGAAGCUCUUGGGAGAAUGGCUCAGGUGGUGGGAGAAGCAACUUUUAUUGCUAGAAUGGCCCAAUAUAGCUUUGACAAGUUGAAGUCAGCUCGAGAUGUUGUGUCUAGAACUGGCCAUUCAUUGGCCCUUGGCUGCUUGCAUCGUUAUGUUGGUGGCAUAGGCUCAGGACAGCACCUGAAGACCAGUGUCAGCAUUUUAUUGGCUCUAGCACAAGAUGGUACAUCCUCCGAAGUUCAGACUUGGUCUCUUCAUUCACUCGCCUUGAUAGUGGAUUCGAGUGGCCCAAUGUAUCGUGGCUAUGUGGAGCCCACGUUAUCUCUAGUUCUUACCUUGUUGCUCACAGUUCCUCCUUCACAUACAGAAGUACAUCAGUGUCUUGGGAGAUGUUUGGGUGCUAUCAUAACUACUGUUGGCCCUGAACUUCAAGGAAAUGGAGCAACAAUUUCUACUAUUCGUUCUUCUUGUCUGGUGGGUUGUGCAAUCACCCAGGACCAUUCUGACUCUCUUGUUCAGGCAGCUGCCAUCUCUUGCCUUCAGCAGCUGCAUAUGUUUGCCCCACGACAUGUCAACCUAUCCAGUCUUGUUCCUAGCCUUUGUGUUCACUUAUGUAGUUCCCAUUUGUUACUUCGACGGGCAGCUGUGGCUUGUCUCCGGCAACUUGCACAGAGAGAAGCAGCUGAAGUCUGUGAAUAUGCCAUGAGUCUCGCCAAAAAUGCAGGGGAUAAAGAGAGCAGUAGUGGCAAUGUCAAUCCUUUUGCACCUGGGGUUAGUUCUCAAAGUGACAUCCAUUGCCGACACCAGGGUGUUAAUAUAACAGAAACUGGCCUUGAAGGACUUCUGUUUGGAAUGCUUGAUCGGGAGACAGAUAGGAAAUUAUGUUCUGAUAUUCAUGACACACUGGGGCAUAUGCUUUCAUCGCUGGCAGUAGAAAAACUUUCCCAUUGGUUAAUGCUUUGUAAAGAUGUGCUGGCAGCUUCUAGUGAUAUGAGUACUGCAACUCCCUUCAGUAGUGGAAAAGAUGAAGAAUCUGAAAAGAAAGAUGAGAUGGACGACGAUACCAUGUUUACCACACUAGGCGAAGAAGAUAAGUCAAAGCCUUUUGUGGCACCUCGCUGGGCUACUCGGGUAUUUGCUGCAGAUUGCCUCUGUCGAAUCAUCCAUCUAUGUGAGAAUGCAGACCAGGCUCACUUUGAUCUUGCCAUGGCGCGUUCUGCUAAACUACGAAAUCCUAAAAAUGACCUCUUGGUACUUCAUCUCUCUGACCUUAUUCGAAUGGCAUUCAUGGCUGCAACUGAUCACAGCAACCAGCUGCGGAUGGCUGGACUCCAAGCUCUUGAAGACAUUAUCAAGAAAUUUGCAUCUGUGCCUGAACCAGAAUUUCCAGGUCAUGUGAUUCUGGAGCAGUAUCAAGCUAAUGUGGGAGCUGCUCUAAGACCAGCAUUUUCACAAGAUACUCCAUCAGAUAUAAUAGCAAAAGCUUGCCAGGUAUGCAGCACAUGGAUUGGCAGUGGAGUUGUCAGUGAUCUCAAUGAUCUCCGUCGAGUACAUAAUCUGCUUGUUUCUUCUCUGGAUAAAGUUCAGGCUGGAAAAGGUUCUUCCAGCCAACUAUACCGAGAGAGUGCCACAACCAUGGAAAAACUAGCUGUUCUCAAAGCGUGGGCAGAGGUGUAUGUAGUUGCUAUGAAUAUUAAAAAAGAAGCAGAGUCAAAACCCAAAAGAGCUAUUAAAAGUACUGAUGAUGAGGAUGAUGACUAUGGUACCAUAGAUGAGCUGCCACCGGACAGUUUAAUAACCUUGGUACAACCUGAACUGCCAACACUCAGCCGCCUUUGGUUGGCGGCAUUGAAAGACUAUGCACUUUUGACUUUACCAGCUGAAUUUUCUAGUCAGCUCCCCCCAGAUGGUGGAGCAUUUUAUACUCCUGAGACAAUUGAUACAGCUAGACUUCACUACCGGAAUUCCUGGGCCCCAAUCCUGCAUGCAGUGGCACUUUGGCUAAAUAGCACAGGCUUUACAUGUUCAGAGUCCACCGAAGCCUCGGUGUCUGGUUUACAAAAACGUCCUACAACUGUUAAUUUAAACCAGGCCUCAGGAGCGAUGACAAGUGCUAAAUCCUUGCCAGAAAUUAACAAAGACAGAAUGCAUCUGAUUUUAGGUGUGAGUAUACAGUUUCUUUGUUCCCCUAGACCUGAGGAGCCUGUUGAGCAUGUUACAGCAUGCCUGCAGGCCCUACAUACUUUGCUAGACUCUCCUUAUGCACGAGUCCAUAUUGCAGAAGAUCAGCUUAUUGGUGUUGAGUUGCUGAGUGUCUUGCAUCGCCUCCUGCUGACCUGGAACCCACCUUCCAUACAGCUGUUGGUGACUGGAGUGGUACAGCAGAUAGUGAGAGCUGCUCAAGAUUAUUUGCAGGAAAAACAAAACACUCUAAAUGAAGAUGACAUGGAAAAAGAGUCCUGUACUGUUUUAGGAGAAGGAGGUGACAGUGGUGGCCUCAUUCCUGGACAGUCUCUUGUGUUUGCAACUAUGGAGCUGCUGAUGUUCAUUUUAGUACGGCAUAUGCCACACCUGAGUACCAAAAUGUCAGAUUCUCCAAGUCACAUAGCCACUAAAACUCGGCUUUCAGAAGAAAGUGCUCGUUUGGUGGCAGCUACAGUGACCAUUCUGUCCGAUUUGCCAUCUCUUUGUUCACCUGCUGGAUGUAUGACAAUCCUGCCCACUAUUCUCUUCUUAAUUGCAAGAAUUUUGAAAGAUACAGCAAUAAAAUCUGCAGAUAAUCAAGUUCCUCCACCAGUCAGUGCCACUCUUCAAGGGAUUAAAAGUAUUGUGACACUUUCAAUUGUCAAAACCAAGGAAACUCAAAAACAAUGGACAGCUCUAAUUCGUAGCACUCUUGCAUACAUCCUGGAAUAUUCUCAACCAGUAUAUUCUUGCUAUGAAAACUCACAAGCCCUAUACACUGUCAUUCACUCUCAGAACAACCCUUGCUGUUGUCUUUGUUUAUUCACAGGAGUCCAGUUACUUGCUCUUUUAGUUCCCACUUUGAUCUCUUACCUCCUGGAUGAAAAGUCUUUUGCCUCAGCAAGUUCAGCUUCCAAAGAUCUUCAUGAGUUUGCACUCCAGAAUUUAAUGCAUAUUGGACCUCUAUAUCCACAUGCCUUCAAGACAGUAAUGGGGGCUGCUCCUGAAUUGAAAGUGCGUCUAGAAACUGCUGUUCGAGCAAGUCAAGCCAGCAAAGCUAAAGCAGCUGCCAGGCAGCCAGCCCCCACCACACAAUCUACACCAACAAUUAAGCUGAAAACGAGUUUUUUUUAAUAUCACUUUCAAUUUAUUUUUAUUUAUAUUCCAUCUAGUUAGUGAUAACCACAGUAUCAUUCCAAGCUGUAUGUUCUGUCUUAUUUGUAUAUUCGUAUUCUAAAGCUUCCAAGUAGGCUAAGUGAAAUAAUGUUCACACCAUUACUGAUUUUUAAAGUGAUUUUUCAAUCAUGUAUGAAUUUAUUUUCUGUAUCGUUUAUAUAAUUAUUCUAUAUUUUGUUUUCAUUUUAUUUAUUCAUUGGGUUCUUUUUUUAAGUGCCAGGGAUCCAGCCCUGGUCUUGUUCAUGCUAAAUAAGCAUGCUUUGUACCUAUUGAGCCCAUAAUUCACUUAUUUUUUAAACAUUGAGCCAUGGUCUUUUAUAUGUUAAAAAUGUAAUUGUAUCAUGUAAUUGGAAACAUGGGUAUUAACAGGGAAAAAUAGGUCAAAGUUUAGCAUUUGUCAUGAAAAAUUUAACUGAAAAACAAGCAGAUUUUAAAUUUGGAAGUAGCCUAAAUGGUAGGAAAUCUCUGUUUCAUGGUGUAUAUAUUGUGAAUAAAAUCACAUUUUCUAACCA